AAAAUAGUCUGUAGCUCCUUCAUUCCCACAACACCAUAAUAAAGAUCGAGAGAAACAACUACUUGAAAUUUAAGCAAAAUGUCAAUACAACAAUUGGUUGAUACGCUGACGUCCAUGAAGAAGUUACAUGGGACGGUGGUUUUAAAGCGCAAGAAUAUUUUGGGCUUGAAUGACGUUCCUGCUUCUGUGGUUGAUAACGUGAGUGAUAUUCUAGGUCAAAAGGUCUCCAUAGAACUCAUCAGCAUCACCCAAAUGGAUCAUGCAAAUGGAUCAAUAGGAAAGCGCAGCAAGGCAGCAUACUUGGAGAAUUGGGUGCUCAAAAAUGUCUUCUUGGCUGAAGGCGAGUCAGCAUUCCAUGUUACCUUCGACUGGACUGAAGAUUUUGGAAUUCCGGGAGCAUUCAUCAUCAAGAACAAUCAUUCCAAUGAGUUCUUCCUCAAAACCCUAACCCUCGAAGAUGUUCCCAGUCAUGGCCAAGUCCACUUUAUAUGCUUCUCCUGGGUUUAUCCAGCUAGUAAGUACGACUACGAUCGCGUCUUCUUCUCAAACCAGGCGUAUCUGCCAAGCCAAACGCCUGCUGCAUUGCAGCAAUACAGAGAUAAUGAAUUAGUGAACUUGAGAGGAUCUGGAACCGGUGAGCUUAGGGAAUGGGAUAGGGUGUAUGACUAUGGUUACUACAAUGAUCUUGGUGAGCCGGAUAAAGGUCCUGAGUAUGCCCGGCCAGUCUUGGGCGGGAACUCGGAGAGUCCCUAUCCUCGACGAGGAAGGACCAGCAGACCACAUACAAAGACAGAUCCUAAAUGCGAGAGCAGAGUUCCACUCAUUAGCAGCUUAGAUCUAUACGUUCCAAGAGAUGAGAAACACGGGGAAGUGAAAGUAGCAUAUUCUCUUGCCCAUGCAUUGAUGAUUCUGCCUCACUUCUUUCACCCUGAAUUCAUGUCUUUGUUUGAUUCGACCCCAAAUGAGUUUGACAGUUUUCAAGAUAUACUUAGCCUCUAUGAAGAAGGCAUCAAAUUGCCUCAAGGGCCCUUGCACCAAUUCAUCACUGAUAACGUUCCCUUUGAAAUGCUGAAAGAAAUCUCUAGUGCUGGAGAAGGUCUCUUUAAAUUCCCCAACCCACAGGUUAUCCUAGAGGAUAAAACUGCUUGGAGAUCAGAUGAAGAAUUUGGAAGGCAAAUGCUUGCUGGAAUGCACCCUGUCAUUAUUAGUGGGCUACAAGAGUUCCCACCAAAAAGCAAACUAGACCGCAAGGUGUACGGAGACCAUAGCAGUAAAAUUACCAAAGACCACAUCCAGAAAAACCUAGACAGUUUUUCAGUCGAGGAGGCAAUUAAGAAUAAAAGGCUAUUCAUAGUGAACUACCAUGACACACUUAUGCCACACCUCAGGCGCAUUAAUGCAACAAAGAACAAGGUAUAUGCCUCAAGAACCCUGCUUUAUUUGAAAACAGAUGGAACUUUGAAGCCAGUAGCAAUUGAGCUAAGUUUGCCGCAUCCACUUGGAGAUAAAUUUGGUACCGAUAGCAAAGUAUAUACACCAUCUGAAAAUGGGGUAGAUUAUGAGUUGUGGCAGUUGGCUAAGGCUUAUGCUGCUGUGAAUGAUGCGGGCUUUCAUCAGCUGAUCAGCCACUGGUUGAACACUCAUGCCGUAAUUGAGCCAUUUGUGAUAGCAACAAAUAGGCAAUUGAGUACACUUCACCCAAUACAUAAGCUUCUGCAUCCGCAUUUUCGUGACACAAUGGCUACAAAUGCUUUGGCUCGUCAGGUCCUGCUUAAUGCUGAAGGAGUUCUUGAGAAGGCAGCUUUCUUUGACAAAUAUGCCAUGGAAAUUUGUGCUGUAGUUUACAAGGAUUGGGUUUUUACUGAUCAAGCACUCCCAGCUGAUCUUGUUAAGAGGGGUGUUGCUGUUGAGGACUCAUGCUCCCCACAUGGUGUUCGCCUGCUAAUUGAAGACUACCCAUAUGCUGUUGAUGGGCUAGAAAUAUGGUCAUCUAUCAAAGCAUGGGUUGAUGAAUAUUGCAAGUUAUAUUACAAGUCAGAUAACAUGGUUCAGAAAGAUGCUGAACUCCAGGCUUGGUGGAAGGAAGUCAGAGAGAAAGGACAUGGUGACCUGAAAGAAAAGCCAUGGUGGCCUAAAAUGCAGACAAUCCAGCAGCUUAUUGAUUCGUGUACCAUUAUUAUCUGGAUUGCCUCAGCACUUCAUGCUGCUAUUAACUAUGGACUAUACUCUUAUGGUGGUUAUCCCCCUAAUCAUCCUCUGAUCAGCCAAAGGUUCAUGCCAGACCCUGGAACUGCUGCAUAUAAAGAACUUGAAGCUGAUCCGGAUAAGGUUUUCCUAAAAACAAUCACACCUCAGUAUCAAGCAUUGCUUAGCAUGUCCCUUAAUGAACUUCUGUCAAGGCACACUCCUGAUGAACUUUACCUGGGGCAAAGAGAGUGCCCUGAGUGGACAAAGGACAAGGAAGCACUUGAUGCAUUUGUACGGUUUGGAAAGAAGGUUGACGACAUCGGAGAUCACAUAAUAAAAUUGAACACAGAGGGAAAACUGAAGAACAGGACAGGACCUGUAAAGAUCCCAUACACUUUACUCUUCCCUUCCGGUAAACCCGGACUCACUGGCAAAGGCAUUCCGAACAGUGUCACAAUCUAAAGCUUCAAAGUUCUGCAUGUAUGCUUUGCCUUUGGAUUGUUAAUAUGUCCCCCUGUAAGCAGUGUUGUGUCUGUGCUCGUGUUCAUGUUACUAUACCAAUAAAUUGCUUUGCUCUGCAUACAAUGCUAUAUUAUUAUCCAUAGAAGAAAUUAUCUGAUAACGAAUAAACUCAAAUGCAACAUUAGUAAAUUUAAAAAAAAAUGCUAAAGGUACCCCAAAAUGGGGUACCUCAUUUUUACCCCACCCUACUGUGUGGCCACAAAUGGGG